AUGUCUACUAACAACUCAAUUUUUGAAUCACUUUUGACAAUAGAAGAUUUUGCUGGUUUUGAAGAUCAGGCAAGAUAUGAAGCUGAAUGGUUACCAAAAAUUAAAAAAUAUCAAGAAAACUUGAAAAAUGCUAUUCCAAAAGAAUUAACAGUUGAAUUACCAAAACCAGUUGCAGAAUUGAUCAAAGAACAAUUUAAUGCAGUUGAUUAUUUAUAUUCUGCUAAGUUAUUAACCCCAAAAGAAUUUGAAAUUACUGACUCAACAAUUUCUCAAUUAGUUGAUAAACAAGUUGAAGGUGAAUUAACAGCUGUUGAAAUUUACAAUGCAUUUGCACAUAGAGCUAUUAUUGCACAUCAAUUUACUAACUGUGCAGCUGAAAUUUUCAUUGAUGAAGGUUUGAAACAAGCGGAGGAAAGAGAUGCUUAUUUGAAAGAACAUGGUAAAAUAGUUGGUCCGUUACACGGUAUUCCAAUUUCAAUUAAAGAACAUCUUAAUUACAAAGGUAAAGUCACUCAUGCUAGUUUUGUUUCAUUAAUUGAAAAUGUUACUCCAGAACAUAGUGGUACAACUAAAAUUUUAGAAAAUUUGGGUGCUGUUUUCUAUAUUAGAACUACUCAACCUCAAACUUUAAUGCAUUUAGAUUCAAAUAACAAUAUCACCGGUUUAACUAAAUGUCCUUUCAACUUAUUAUUAUCUGCUGGUGGUUCAUCAUCUGGUGAAGGUGCAAUCUCUGCAUUUGGUGGUUCUGCAAUCGGUGUUGGCUCUGAUAUUGGUGGUUCAGUUAGAUCACCAAGUGCAUUUUCUGGUACAAAUGCUUUAAGACCUUCAACUAGAAGAAUUGCUGAAACAGGAACUACUUCAGCUGGUGCUGGUCAAGAAUCUGUACCUGCAAUUUUUGGUCCAAUUGGUAGAUCGAUCGAUGAUAUUGAUUAUUGGAUGAAAUCUUAUAUUAAUGAAGGUAAACCAUGGCUAAUUGAUGCUUGGGCAUUACCUAUUCCAUGGAGAUCAGUUCCAAAACCAGAUCCAAAAGAUUUAACAAUUGCUGUUAUUAGAGAUGAUGGUUUAGUUAGAGUUUCACCACCAAUUAGAAGAGGUUUAAAUGAAGUUGUUGAAAAAUUAAAAGCUGCUGGUGUUAGAAUUGUUGAAUUCCAACCACCAAAUACUAAAUUAGCUUAUGAAACAAUUAACAAGAUGUAUAAUUGUGAUGGAAAUUACAUGCAAAAGAAAUAUUUAAGUGCAUCUGGUGAACCAUUAACUAGAUUGACUAAAUGGGAUUUAAAUUUUGGAGAUGGUUCAAAACAUUAUAAUGUCAAAGAAAAUAGAGAAUUAAAUUAUAUUAGAGAUGGUUUAAGAAAUGAAUAUACUAAAUUCUUGGUUGAAAAUAAAAUUGAUUUCAUUUUAUCACCAACUUAUAAUAAUGUUGCUCCUCAUUCAGAAGAAGUUUACAAUUGGUCAUACACUACAUUGUUUAACAUUCUAGAUUUCCCAACUUUAGUUUUCCAAACUGGUAUUUUUCAAGAUCCAAAUGUUGAUAAAUGGACUGAAGAAGAUUUGAAAUAUGAAUAUAGAUCAGAUUUAGAAAAAUUAGAAAAUGAAAAUUAUAAACCUGAUGAAUUUAUUGGUGCGCCAAUUGGUUUACAAUUAAGUGGUAGAAGAUAUACUGACGAAGAAAUCGUUGCAGCAGGUAAAACUAUUGUUGAUGAUAUUUUAAAAGUUGAUUUAUUAAAACAUUAA